CCAGCCGUCCUGUCGCGGGAGGGCAUCACGUACGACGCGUACACACUGGACCGCUGGAACGCCACCGAGCGGUCGGACGAGAUGAUGCAGCAGACACCUAGUCGCCAGGGGGCGCCGUGGGACAAGGUGGUGAGUGUGGGCACUAACAUGAAGCAGAUGGUGUCCGGGCCUGACGGCGCGCCCAAGGCAGGAUUUACAGGUAACUCCGGAGUCCGUGUGGGGAUAGAGGGAAGCGGAGAACCCGUGAUGACGAGUGUCGGACAGCUUCACGCCAACUUCCUCUUCUCGAACGGAGAGGGCUCCAUGGAGGUGCCUCUGGUCAGAGGCGCCCCCUUCCUGACGCACCUGUUCACUGCAGCGGACCCCGUGCUGGCGCCUUACUGCCUGAGCGCCGUGGAUGGAGUGGAGACGAACUUCCGCUGUCCUACAGAAAUCUCUUCGGCUGACGGCGGCUCGGGUUUCGGGGAGGCCACGUGCAGCGGCGGGCAGCUGCAGCUGACCCUGCACGUGACUAAAGCCGUGGACGACAUGAGCGAGGUGCAGUGGGCGGCCGGACCCGCCGGCGCCUUCUCGGGACACAUGCACAGCUGCGAUACCGCCACCUGCCGCAUGGAGGAUGGCGGGCGCACCAUUCGCGUCAAACCGGACUUAUCGAACGUAGGCGGGACCAUGGCGUACGCCUUCAACGUCGUGGGGAAGUUCGUGGUUCCUUGGGGGGAUUGGAACGCCAAUCCGUUAACCGUCACCUGCUCAAGGAAGAGGGAAGCGGAGAGCACCCUGCAGCCGUCGCCCCGGGCACCCUGUGCCGAACAAAUCUGCCUGUACCCCUCCUGCCAGCCGCUAGGUGGCGGGCAACAGCAGUUCCAGCUGACCAUGGACUUCCGCACUGCAGUCCCAUACAUGGAGGAGAUUCAGGUAGCUGUAGACUCCGCGGACAGGUGGUCCGACACGCACGUGAUGCUGACGUGUAACCCCACGCGCUGCACCAUGACCCCUGACGGCCUGACCGUGACCUACACCGCCACCGUGCCGGAGGGACAGCUCGCCUAUGCCAUCAACAGGAUAGGCUUCUUCGUCUCCCCAGCUGGCUUCUGGAUUGAUAAUCCGCACUACUUCACCUGCGAUGGGUCAGGAAUCUUCCAGUGCUGA